UUUGAGACACCUUUUGAAGAGUUUGGAUAUGGGUUAUUGGAAGACUUGAGGAUGACAUUCAAGAAGUUUGGACAAGCUGUAAGCAACUGUGGAUGAGAAUGACACAUAAAAAAUGGAUUUUAAGGAGGAUGGAACAUUUGAAUGAAGAUUUAAGUGUGGAGAUCAAUUAAGUCUGUGGUUGUAGCUUAGUUUUAUAAAUAAUGGUUCUGUAUGGUGGUUAGGAGAGAAGAAUUAGAAUAGUUGACGAUGGGGGUGCCUGGGUGGCUGAGUCCGUUAAGCUCCUGACUCUCGAUUUCGGCUCAGGUCAUGAUCCCAGGGCAGUGGGAUCUAGCCCCGCAUCAGGCUCCAUGCUGAGUGUGGAGCCUGCUUGGGAUUCUCUCUCCCUCUCUCUCUCUCUCUCUCUCUCUCUCUCUCACUCUCACUCACUCCUUCCCUCCCCCGCCUCCCUCUGUCCCCCUCCCCUGCUCGCUCACUCUCUCCAAAAAAACUAAAAAAAAAAAAAAAAAAAAAAAAAAAAAAAAAAAAAAAAUAGUUGAUGAUGGAUUGGAGGGGGGGGGGGGGGGAAAGAGGAUGAAAAUACUUUUUGAUUUUUGUGGUAAGAGAAUAUGUUGAAAAUAAGUUGGGUUAUUGAGAAGUAGAUUUGGUGUUCAACCAAAAAAUAAUCAGGAACAUUUUUGAGUCCUAUACUAGAUUAUGUUGAUAAUAAUAGCAAAAUUUAGUGGGUGCUACUUUGUGCCAGACGCUGUUUUGAGCUUUCCGAGUAUCAUCUUCCUUUGAUUAUCCCUGUUCUUUAGAUGAGGGAACUGAGAUUCAGAGAGAUUUAAUUUGCCUGAUGCCACACAGCUAAUAAGUGGCAGGUCAGUAUUGACAAAGUUAAUCAGUAAAUUUUAACUGAGCGUAUGUUUCAUGCCAGGCACUGUGUUAACUGUUGGAGGUUCACAGUUGACAAGCAAAUCUAAAGGUCAGGCCUGGGCCAUUUUAUUUUAUUAAAAACAAUUUUUUUUUUUUAACAUUUAUUUAGUUUUGAAAGACAGAGACAGACAGAGUGUGAUUGGGGAAGGGGCAGAGAGAGGGAGACACAGAAUUUGAAGCAGGCUCUAGGCUCCAAGCUGUCAGCACAGAGCCUGAUGCGGGGUUCGAACUCACUGACGGCAAGAUCAUGACCUGUGCUGAAGUCAGCUGCUUAACCGACUGAGCCACCCAGGCACCCCUGGCCUGAGCCAUUUUAAAAUAAAUUGUCAGGAAUUAAUAGAAGAGAGACAGUGAAGGGAGAGAAGAAGAGGAGUUGGAGAGACUUUUGUAGAUACUGAAGAAUAUACUGUUUUGGAAAACUUAGGAUAGAAAUAGAGAAAGUAGUCAACAACAACAUGUGUAGCUGAGAGACUCUGACGAACCAUUGAGUUAAGUCAGGAAAAAAGUUAUGUGAAUUUAGUCUCAAAAACCAGAAUGGAGAUACUAAGGUAUAAGCUGGUAGUUACUCAUAUUUAGUGGCAAGUUACUCAUAUUUAGUGGCUCUGUACAAACUUAAAAUAUGGUGUACAGAUUCAUAGGAAAGAUGUUGGUAUGUUCCUUUCUAAUAUUUUAAUCUUUGGCUGGUAAGAUCAUGGGUGGCUUAAAAAUGCUCAUAUUCUUUGUAUUUUAAGUAUAUUAAGUAAAUGGGCAUUACUUAAUAUAUGGGGGAAAAGUCAUUCUACUGAAAUGAGCUAAUAGGAAAUAUGUGGGUGAGCUAGUCUGAACUAUGUUUCGGAUAGAGGAAAAGAUGGCCUUAUUUCAGUGUAUACUGCUGCAUGUGAGAUACUUUGGUAGAUACUUUCCUGUCUUGGAAGUGACUAGACACAUCCUGAAACUGUACGUACUGAAAGAUGGCAUUUGUUUAAUCUGAGGGAUCAGGUUACUAAAUCACCUUGAGGCUUGGAGAUAUGGUCUUGGCUCUUCUGAACUCUGAAUGUUGUUCUUUUAGGGUUUAAUACAUGAAUUUAAGGUUAAACAAAGCAAACCACUCACUUGAGUGAAUCAUUUCAACUGUGUCUUUUGGACUUUACACCCUUUCCUCUUCGCACACAUUGGUUCUGUAGUUCCUCUCUUCUAGUGGGGUUGUAAUGGGCUUAGAGUUUCAGUUCAGUAAGACAAUAUGAAAGUGCUGAAUUUACAUGUAACCAAUUUAACUUAAAAUUUGCCAUUGUUUUCUGUUCCCAAUUUAAAGAAGAAAAGAGAUGAAUUUCAAGACAAUAAAAUAAGCUUUUCUUAUCAAAUAAUUAUUUAAAAGCAAACUAGUAGGAUUUGCCCCAGGAUCAGUACAGGUUUAUUCCGAUCUCUGCAAUGGAGAUGGAAGAAUCUUAUAAGUCAAGAAGAACAGGGUCUAGUUUUUAGUUUAAUUUGGCCCAUAGGGAUCAUGGGAGGAAAUAUAAUAUUUCAUCUGGGUAUUGUACUGUUCCUUUACAUAAAUUAUUACCUUUAGCUCUCAUACAGUUCUCCAAAGUGGAUAGCCUGUUACAGAUGAGACAAUGAGGCUCAGAGAAGUUAGUAAGUAACUUUCCAAAGGUUGGAGAGCUAGGAGGAGAGCUGAGAUUCAAACCUUGCUUUGUGAAACUCCAAAUCUCAUGCAUGUAAGAUCAAGGGCAAGAAAUACUUAUUUAUAUUAAUAACUACAAUUGAAAAAAAUGCCACAUAGCCUUAGGUGUUCAGUAACUGUUAUGUUAGAAGAUGGGACUGUUGCUCUGUGUGUUUGUCCUGUGACACUGGCUCUUAAAUGAUGGUGAUUAUUGUGUGUCUUUUAAGGGUGCAUUAUAUUACUUUGAGAGGUGUAUGUUUUCAUAUUUUAGUAGUUUUUUGAAAUGAAGGUGUAAUUUACAGAGUUUAUUUUAAAAUGUUUAUAUGGGGCGCCUGGGUGGCUCAGUCGGUUCAGUGUCCAACUUUGGCUCAGGUCAUGAUGUCAACAGUUUGAGUUUGAUAUUUUUGAUAUCCAUGUCAGGCUGUGUGCUCAGAGCCUGGAUCCUGCUCCGGAUUCUGUGGCUCCCUCUCCCUCUGCCUCUCCGCCACUUGUGCUCUGUCUCUCUCUGUCUCAAAAACAAAUAAACGUUAAAAAAAAUUAAAAAAUAAAAUGUUUUGGGGCGCCUGGGUGGCUCAGUCAGUUAAGCGUCUGACUUCAGCUCAGGUCACGAUCUCGCGGUCCGUGAGUUCGAGCCCUGCGUCUGGCUCUGGGCUGAUGGCUCAGAGCCUCGAGCUUGCUUCCGAUUCUGUGUCUCCCUCUCUCUCUGCCCCUCCCCCGUUCAUGCUGUGUCUCUCUCUGUCUCAAAAAUAAAUAAACGUUAAAAAAAAAUUAAAAAAAAAUAAAUAAAAUGUUUAUGCAAUGGAUACUAUCUUUUUUUUUUUUUAAUUUGACGAUCUAAUUGUCUCUGUUAAAUGGUUCAUGGGACGCCUGGGUGGCUCAGUUGGUUAAGCAUCUGACACUUGAUUUUGGCUCAGGUCAUGAUCUCAUGGUUUGUUAGUUUGAGCCCCACAUAGGGCUCUGCACUGACAGCACGGAGCCUGUUUGGGAUUCUCUGUCUUCUUCUCUCUGCCCCUCCUUCUCUCUCUCUCUCUCUCUCUCUCUCUCUCUCUCAGAUUAAUAAGCAUUUAAAAACAAAACAAACCAAAAAAAACAGAAAAAUGAUUCAUGAAUUGGACAGCACUCCAUCUAAUAAGUAGAGAGGGACUCCCAAUGGCUACUGUGUCUUAAAGUCAAAUGUGUGUCUCAGAAUUAAGGAAGAGUGGUAUAUGCAUGUAGUCUGCAUGUAUAUUGCCUUAGCAGUUUGCUGUGUACAAUUUCUUCUCAUUUCCUUCCUCUACUUAGCUUAUAACCUUUUUUCUUUUUAGUAUGAUGUAAUAUAUAGAACUCAAGUAUAUAUUAAUAAUAAAAUAGUCAUUCUUUUUAGCUAAUGAAUAUUAUAGAAGAAAGUUCUUUGAUGUGGAAAAUUAAAAUUGUACUGUGAAUCAGCAGAUCUGAGUUUUAAUUUUGGUUUUGCUAGCAACUUGAUGUGUAACUUGAGGCAAGUCAUUUCCCCUCUCUGAGCUUUAAUUUCCUCAUCUGUAAAAUGGAGUGGGGAAGGGAACCUUUAGACUUGUCCAGCCUGAACAAACUGUAUGCCCUCUGUUUAAUUAAAAAUGUGGGUGCCUUAGAUCUCUUUUUAAAAACUAUAGUAGCUUUUUACUAUUUUUUCUUUCACUUCAUCCCUUUGCAUUCUCUCCUUGCCCUUUUUUCCCAUGGAUCCUUGAGAGUACUAUUAGCUUCUCAAUGUAUUAGAGAGGAUGUGUUAUUUUUGAUAUCCUACAUUUACUAAGACAGGAUAUUUGAGAAAGUAGUAGGUACUUAGUAAAUAGUUAAAAGUGAAUAUAUGUUUUGUCUGAGUUUAAUCAAAGAAUUAUUUAAAUAAAGUAUCGCACAAAAGCUGUUAAAGUUUCAUUGAAAGUUCUGUGUAAAUAAUGAAAUGUGUUUUGAAGUAAGUUUAUCUACUCUCCACUGGGCAGAUGUACAAAGAUGAAAACUAUUGGACGUGUCUUUGUCAAGUGCUGUGUUCUAGUAGAAGAAGGAAUCUCCUUUAAACUUUGUAUUACGGAAAGUUGCCAACAUAAAAUGCACAUCACCAAUUUUAAAAAUUAUAAACCGAUUUUUAUUUUGAAGCAAAUCCCUACACAACAUUUUUACCAGUUAUUACUAAACAGCAUGAUGAGUGUAAAAAUAGACAUGCUAAUCUAAGUGAAGUGGAAAUUGUUUGUAUAAAUUGUUCAUAUUUUGAGACUUGUAUAUUAUACUGUGCUGAGCAGGGGAAAUUAUAUAAAAUAAUCUGUAAUUCAGGAGUAAUGACUGAGUAUGUGUAUAUAAAACAGAAUGUGGCAACAUGAUAUCAUAUACCAAAAUUGGUGAUAGAGAUUCUAAAUGAGAGAUGACAUUAUUUCUGAAUGAAAGUAGGAUUUAGACAAGGAGAAAGAAUGUUAGGGGGUGAGAUGAGGGUGAUCACCUGGAGAAAGCAUGUAGUUAGAAAAAUCUAACUUUAGCUUCAUAGAAAAAGUCCCAUCUUUUAAAAAAAAUGUUUAUUUAUUUUGAGAGAGAACGAGAGUGCACGCGUGUGCACGUGUGAGGGGGAGGGGCAGAGAGAGGGAGAGAGAGAGAAUCCCAAGCAGGCCCUUCACUCUCAGUGCAGAGCCCAAUGUGGGGCUCGAUCUCACGACUGAGAUCAUGACCUAAGCUGAAAUCAAGAGUUGGUUGCUUAAUUGACUGAACCACCCAGGCGCCCCUAAAUCUGUAUCUCUUUAUAUCUUUUAGAACCCUACGGCAUGUUAUUGACAUACUUAGAUCUUAAAUCAAUAUUUGAAAAAAGCCAAUUUCUGUAUUACAAACAUGGACACACUUCUUUAUGACUGUAUCACUGUCUGUCUGGUGAAUUAUUUGACAUGUUCCAUUAAAAAGCCUUCUGAGUAUCUUAGUACCUCGUGUUAAUGGAUCCAUUUUAUCUAGAAUGUUUGUGUGUGUGUGGCAUCAGCUUUCAAAUAUAAAUCACUUUGAGAUUGUAAAUGGUGGCUUGUAUGUGUGUGUUUAAAUGUUAAUCGUUUGACAGUUUUUAGAUUACUUUGAAAUACCUAGUUUAUAUCAUUCUUGUCUUUUAUGGAAUUUUUGCCAGAAAUGUUGGCAUGACAGUCAUAUGAGAAAUCCUUGCAUUUAAGGAAUUUUUACCAUUAUAUAUUAUUAUUUUGGAGUAUUGACUUAAAUACUUUGAAGUAUUAACUGAGAAUAAAAUCUUAAAAUAUGUUCCAUAAUGCGGAGAUGUUUAGCCAAAGGUCAUGAACCUCUUUGAGCAUCUCCUCAAAUCUUUGUGCUUUAGCCUCAGAAAAAUAAACAGUAAUCCCCCCUUGUCCAUAGUUUCGCUUUACAUGGUUUCAGUUACCCAUGGCCAACCUCGGUCUGGAAGCAGAUGAUCCUCCUUCUGACAUAUCAGAAAGUCAGUAGCAGCCUAAUACUAAGUCACGGUGCCUACACCGUUUACCUCACUGCAUCUCAUCAUGUAGGCAUUUUAUCAUCUCACAUCAUUAGAAGUAUGAUAAAAUAUUUUGAGAGAGACCACGUUCACAUAACUUUUGUUACAGUAUAUUGUUAUAAUCGUUCUAUUUUAUCAUUAUUGUCAGUCUCUUAUGUGUCGAAUUUAUAAAUGAAAUUUAUCAUAGGAAUAUAUGUAUAUAUAGGAAAAACCAGUAUGUGUAGGGUUUGGUGCCAUCUGUAGUUUCAGGCAUCCACUGGGGGUCUUGGAUGUAUCCCCUGCAGGUAAGGGGGGAUUACUAUGCUAUACAUGCAUACUUAGUUUUUCAUAUAAUUCUAAUAAGACUCUCAGAACUCAUUCAAAUACCCUUACAGGUUUAUGGAUUCAGUUUAAUAAACCAUUCUCUAAUGUAUAGGCAAAAGCAUACUGCUAAAAUUCAACUCAAAUUUGUUUCUGUGUGUAUUGCUCACCUUUUACAAGCAAAUAUUUUUCAUAUUUGAGUGAUAAAAAUUGUGAAACUCAUUAUACAUAUGCCUAAUUAAAAAAAAAUAGAUCAGUCCCCUUUUUUUUUUUUUUUUAAAGAUUUUAUUUUUAAGUAAUCUCUUCACCCAUUGUGGGGCUCAGACUCACAGCUUCGAGAUCAAGGGUUGGAUGCUCUACCAACUGAGCCAGCCAGGUACCCCCAAAAUAUACCAAUUCUUAGCUGGAUUCUUGGGGAAAAAUAAACUAUCGCCAGCAUAAUACAUAUGUUGAAUGAUUUUACCAAAGAUUUUGGAAUAUGUGUUUGGUACUUCCUAUAAUAGCUCCUGAUGAGGGAAACAAAGGCAGAGAAAUGUAGCUUAAAUUAAAUCCCCUUACAGCUUGCAGUCCACUGAUAAACACCUGAAACAUGCAGAGCAUGAUCUUCCUCAAACAACUCAUGGCUGCCUUACUUCCUUUAUGUUUUUCUUUUAUUAAACACUAAAAGUAACCUUGUCUUAAUAGUAAUUAGCCUCUUAAGAUCCUGAAAGCCUUGCUUUCAAAUUCCUUAGACACUUGAGCUAUCCCUAAACCCCACUAACUUAAAAGUAUAUAAUCAGUUACUCCUCACAACCCCAGUGCAUAUCUUUCUGCCCACGGGUCCUGUCCCUGUGCUUUCAUAAAAUCACCUUUUUACACCAAACACAUCUCAAGAAUUCUUUCUUAGCCAUUUGCUCGUGAACUUCAAAUUUCAUCAUCUGGCGCCCAGGGUGGGGCAUUGAGUCUUCCCUUCUGGACUCUGAGCCUUGUUGCAAAGUUGGUGAAUACUUUCUCUUUUCUUCCUUUACUCCUAUUUCAGGGGCUUUUCAAGGAGUAUGAUCUUAUUGGAACACUUUCAUGUCGAUUGCUCAGGCUGUAAUCCUCUAGCCUGUGGAGGAGAAAUUCUGCCUUUUGGCUGGAAGUUGGUACUCUGGCCGGGAUGGUAAUAAGACCCAGAUACUUGAUGCCCUCUCUUUAUUUCUGUCCUUACAAAGUUGUCUGUGCUGGGAACGAGACAGCCACCUAAGUGACUAGCACGACUGCUGAUCUUAAAGACUCCUGUGUGAGGUUUCCUCUUUAUUGGUCUAAUGUGAUCCCCUCCACAUCCCUGGUCUAGCUGCUUCUGGCUGAGAAACUUCUACUGGGAGCCAGCUGAAACCCAACCGGGAACUGUUUCCUAGGGAAGUUGUCUGUAAAGACUAUAUGUGUUGGAAUGUCACUUACAUCAUGAUGGAUUUCUGUCUUUACUAUUUUCUGUCACUGUCCUCUACUAACUACAGAAUGGUGAAACUUUUCUAGUGUUUUCCGUUGGUUAAAAGUGGCACAGCCUUCAAGGAAACUAAGGCAUGACCUUCAUGGCAUGCUCCUCAAGACAAGGUAAACUAAGGCACAGCCUUUUACAGCACGGCUUUCAAGGCAUGGCAUGGGCACAGUAUUUUGGUCCAUAUACCAGGCACCCAUUUGUAGUAUAGGAUGCAGUGGGGAAGCUAAGGGACGCUAGCAUCCCUUUUCUAGGGCCCCUUAGUGACUGGUUGGUGAUCAUAACAGUUUUGUUUGAGGGACGCCACUGGUCGCUUUGACGCCAAGAACCUGUGAUGUAUCCUUCGUGGUAUACCCCCUGGAAGUUGAGGGCGGGGAUUUUUGGUAAUGGACCCUCUCUACUUUUCUAGAAACAUGGGAUCUUCAAUCCCCAGGGACUGUCCCUUGGGAUGCCUUUUAACCCACUAGAAUCAAUUCAAAUUGGAAAAUUUAGGAAAGGACUGAUCUUCUGUAACACUGACUAGCCUUAAUGCAAUCUAUCGGUUAAAUCUCUUCUGCAAGAAACAGGGCAAAAUGGACUGAGGUAUCCUAUGUCCAGACUUUCAUGGCCCUAAAUCAGGAUCCGGACCUGAGGGCCACUUGCAGAAUGUGUUUGCCCAAAUGUGUUUGGCCACUAACCAGGCCGAUAAACUUCCUCCUGAUAAUUGGAUGAUUGUCUAAACAGGUCUCCUCUGAAUGAACCCAGGUUGCUGGAGGAAACACAGGCCAUCCCUAAUGAAGGGGACACUGACACUCUCUCUUUCACUGUUCCUCCUUUGUCAUAGACUCAGGUUACUCUAGCUGUAUGUGGGGGCUCUUACUAUUCAUUUCUUGAGUUAAUGACUAUGAUAAUUGGAACCAAUUGUCUCUUGUUAGUCUACCUCAGGAAGGAGACUUUUAAGGUAUAUUCCCAAGCAGCUGCCGUUGUUUCGGGGAAGUUCCCUGUCUCUGGCCUGACAUGGACUGCCCAUUUCCACUUGUUGGUGGGGAAAAAAAAAUAAUCUGCAUAUGCUCAUUUGUCCAAGCUGACGGCUUUAGGAUUGGGAGACCUCUUUCUCUCUCCAUUGGCUUUUAUCCACCUCCAGCAUUCCUGGAGGCAUCUCACUUCUUCUGCAUUCCACUCCCCCUUUUCCUGUUUCUGCACAACUUUGGGUGCAACCUGCAUCUUCCAUGCUUCUGGCACCAUUAGCCCCUCCUCCUUCCCUCGCUAUCAAGGAGUGAAGAGCACUCCCUUGGACUUAAUGCUGCCCACUUCAGAUUUCUUCACUGGGACCCCAGGUAAAAAUUGACAAUGGUGAACAAAGUGAUGGACUUCAUGAGGGGACCCAAGUGGAACAUAUUUGGUAUUUGAACUAAUUUAUUAAGCUUGUUGGUUUAAUUCAGAUGCACAUGUCUUUAGAAUUAUCAGCACUAAAUACAAGACUUUUUCUACCUAGGUUUACUGAAGGUCAGAUAAGCUCUUGAAUAUCUCUGUUGCAAUUUGUCAGCAAAAAGAUGGCUAAAAAUGAUGGUUAAUUUUAUCUGUCUCAGGGUUUUCAUGGAAAAUUGUUAAGUUAGCUUUCAAGGUCUUUGGUAACCCGAAACUUUUGUUUGGAUGAUAAACUGGAUUGAAUUCAUUGAACAUCCAGGUCUUUAACAAAUAUGAUAAAAUGCUUAAGCAUUAUUAAACAUAGGUUUAUGUUUUUGACUUAUUGCAGAGAAACUAAGGAUAUUUGGGUCUGUUGGAAAAGCUGCUUUGUGCUUAGUUGAUUUAUAAAUUUGCCAUCUAAAAAAUUCUGGUGUCACAGUUCCCAAUUAGUUACCACUUAGUUUUCACUGGAGACUGAAGUUUCUAAGACUUAAAAUUCUGCUAGAUGUAACUAAGACUGAUGGAAAUAGGAAAAGGCAACUCUGUAUGUAGAAAAGUAGGAGAUAUGUAAGAAAAAUAUAAGGAAUGAAAAUACAUUUUUGUUGAAGGUAAAAUAAAGUAAUUUUGUCCUAAAUGAGACUGGUUGUUUGCAGAGAAAGGGCUUGGGACAAAAUCUGAAUGCAAAGGAAAGUUGUAGAAGGUUCGUGAAGGUAAAUCUUGGGAAAGGAAUUUUAUGUGUGGUUAGGACAGACUAAGGUUGAAAUGAAUGGAUUUUAAAAAUACACUGGUAUAAGAUUAAAAUUCUGCUUUUCUCUCUGUUUAAAAGACAAAGUUUUCUUGGAUUGUUGAUCUGCUCUUGAUAAAAAUAAAUUUGUAAACAAAGGUCUUUUCUCUUUUGUCUGCUGGGAGAACCAAAGCUUAUGUUUUGUCUUUUUCAGGUCUUUGAUUACUUAAAACUUCAAUGUUAAAGGAGCUAGGUUUUGCUAACAACUGUAUAACUCCACGUAUUUGCCUUUAGAAUCUCUUAUUGCCACCGUGGUUAAAUAAGUAAGAUUUGUGAUGAUCUGUAAUCCUAUUUAGGAUGUGCUUUAUAACUUUUUAAGGUUUUAACAAACUUUCCAGGGUUUUAAAUUGUAAAUGAAAUCUUUUUGACCAAUUGGAUGUUUUUAUUUGGUACGUUACUUUGGAAAGCCCUGUCAAACAUGAUGGUAAGCCUUUGGUUGUAUUGCUUGGUAAAUGCUAUAACUGCUCAAAUAUAUCCAUAAAAUUCUCAAAGUUUUAAUAUGUUUCGGCAUAGGGUCAUCACUUGAUAUUCCAGUUGUGGAAGUGUUAUGUGUCACAGAAAUAACGGAGUUUCCUUGUCAGUUGCAUCAUACUGAACUCUCCUAUCAGAUUGUUAACCAUGUCCAUUUUUGAGUCUUUUGUCAUUUAUAGUUAUUGUUCUGAUGCUCUUACAAAACGUGUUUCAUCUUCAAGGAUGUUUAUAAAAAGGAAUUUUAGGACAAAUACAUGUAUUUGACAUCUUUAAGAUCAUAAAACAAAUGGGUAAAAAUUUACAGAACUAAAAAGUUGCAUUCAAAUUGAGCAAGAAUUGGUAACAUGGGACUAAAUAAACGGAGGGAGAUUAUAGUUUUGUGACUCUUGUUGGAAAUAUUGUUGGUUCUCUAAUGUUUGCCCUUCCAGAUUAAGUAAACUUUCUCUUAAGAUAUCUAUGAUAUACAGAAAACUGAUAAAGUAUUCAUUUGUAAACAAACUAAAGCAUUUAACUUUUCUCCCUACCUCAACCCUCUGAAAUUCAAAAACUCUCAGUAAGUAUUCUUUCUUUCAUGGCAAUUACAGUUGUUUGCAUAAGUUCAAUAAGAAUCUGUUCUCCUUGUAACAGGUCACCAUUGGAAAUACUGGUUAUUUUACCAAGUCUUUGACUGGAAUGUCAUAUUUGAGAGCAACAUACAUACACUCAAAUAUGACCAAACAGUUUUAAGGAACUAAGGUUGACUUUAUGAAGCACGAAGCCAGUAAAGCCCCUUGGAAAUGUUGGCCUGAUACCUUGCUUACAGAGUUCCCAGCAGCCUUGUUAGGAUCAGAAUGGUUUCAAUCCCAGAGUACUAUGAAGGCAAGAAUGUCCUCCUCACUGGAGCUACCGGUUUCCUAGGGAAGGUACUUCUGGAAAAGUUGCUGAGGUCUUGUCCUAAGGUGAAUUCAGUAUAUGUUUUGGUGAGGCAGAAAGCGGGACAGACACCCCAAGAGCGAGUAGAAGAAGUUAUUAGUGGCAAGCUCUUUGACAGAUUGAGAGAUGAAAAUCCAGAUUUUAGAGAGAAAGUUAUAGCGAUCAACAGUGAACUCACCCAACCUAAACUGGCUCUUAGUGAAGAAGAUAAAGAGAUCAUCAUAGAUUCUAUCAAUAUUAUAUUCCACUGUGCAGCUACAGUAAGGUUUAAUGAAAAUUUAAGAGAUGCUGUUCAGUUAAAUGUGAUUGCUACACGUCAGCUUAUUCUCCUUGCACAACAAAUGAAGAAUCUGGAAGUAUUCAUGCAUGUAUCAACAGCAUAUGCCUACUGCAAUCGAAAGCAUAUUGAUGAAGUAGUCUAUCCACCUCCUGUGGAUCCCAAGAAACUGAUUGAUUCUUUAGAGUGGAUGGAUGAUGGCCUGGUAAAUGAUAUCACACCAAAAUUGAUAGGAGACAGACCUAAUACAUACAUAUACACGAAAGCAUUGGCAGAAUAUGUUGUACAACAAGAAGGAGCAAAGCUAAAUGUGGCGAUUGUAAGGCCAUCGAUUGUUGGUGCCAGUUGGAAAGAACCUUUUCCAGGAUGGAUUGAUAACUUUAAUGGACCAAGUGGUCUCUUUAUUGCGGCAGGGAAAGGAAUUCUUCGAACAAUGCGUGCCUCCAACAAUGCCCUUGCAGAUCUUGUUCCUGUAGAUGUAGUUGUCAACACGAGUCUUGCGGCAGCCUGGUAUUCCGGAGUUAAUAGACCAAGAAACAUCAUGGUGUAUAACUGCACAACAGGCAGCACUAAUCCUUUCCACUGGGGUGAAGUUGAAUACCAUGUAAUUUCCACUUUCAAGAGGAAUCCUCUCGAACAGGCCUUCAGACGGCCCAAUGUAAAUCUAACCUCCAAUCACCUUUUAUAUCAUUACUGGAUUGCUGUAAGCCAUAAGGCCCCAGCAUUCCUGUAUGAUAUCUACCUCAGGAUGACUGGAAGAAGCCCAAGGAUGAUGAAAACAAUAACUCGUCUUCACAAAGCUAUGGUGUUUCUUGAAUAUUUCACAAGUAAUUCUUGGGUUUGGAAUACUGACAAUGUCAAUAUGUUGAUGAAUCAACUAAACCCUGAAGAUAAAAAGACCUUUAAUAUUGAUGUACGGCAGUUACAUUGGGCAGAAUAUAUAGAGAACUACUGCAUGGGAACUAAGAAAUAUGUAUUGAAUGAAGAAAUGUCUGGCCUCCCUGCAGCUAGAAAACAUCUGAACAAGUUGAGGAACAUACGGUAUGGUUUCAAUACUAUCCUUGUGAUCCUGAUUUGGCGCAUUUUUAUUGCAAGAUCACAAAUGGCAAGAAACAUCUGGUACUUUGUGGUUAGUCUGUGUUACAAGUUUCUGUCAUACUUCCGGGCAUCCAGCACUAUGAGAUACUGAAGACGAGAAUUUAGCAUUAGAACAUCUAUGCAUAUGGUGGUCUAAAUGCACAAAAUGUAAAAUGUACUUAAGUCAUCUCACCUUUUGUCAAGACAUUAAACCAUCUUAGAUCAGA